AUGGCGGACUUGUUCGAUGAUGACAUGUCGGAUGAGGGCAUGCCCAGCGACUUGUCAGAUUUCUUGGCAAGUGAUCAUGAGAAGGAAGAUGAAGCCGAAAAGAAGGCCAAGAAGAAAAAGGACAAGAAGGGUGACAAGAAGGAGGUCCCUGUGAGAGAUGCGAAGGACAACAAGAAGCCUCUGAGUGGCGGUGACAAGAAGCCGGGGGCACUUGCGUACGCACUGCAAGACCAGCAUGGCAAUGAAGUUGUCGGUCAUUCGUUCUCGCAAGUGCAGCUCCUGAAGCUGCAGGGCCUCAUCACGCAUCACUGUGAAACAUUGGUGUGCGAUCUCUGCGGGGAACGAGCGGUGAUUCUUUGCAUUGCCAAGCUGACGUUGGUCGUGUGCGAGCAACAGAGUCAGCAGGGUGCCGGCCGAGGUUACGAGGUCACCUUGAGGGGCUCUAGACUCUCGGCCGAACGAUGUCAGGCUAUGACCAUACGGCCGGCAGGGCCUCUUUGGGCAAGCUGGAAGAUUUGCACGGUGGACGAUCUGAGAGUGAAGUUGCCCCACAACGUCUUCUGCCAAGCCUGUUCGAGGACAGCUUUGAAAAGCUAUCCCCAGUCGACCUUGACAGAUCUUUCUUCGCGCAAGAAAAGGGAGCCGCAAUUUGCAGACGAGUUCGGGAAGGCCAGGGCUUACCAUCUGAACCCGGACAUGAUUCGCAGCUUCAGGGAGGAGGAGCUGGACAAAGUCAAGCGCACGGGCAGCAGAAUCGAAACCUACUUCAUCUUCUACUCCAUGGCGGAGUUCGAGCAAACAUUCGGUGUGAAACCAGCGGAGCACACGGAGCUCAGCCACCUAAUCACAACUGAAGAGGAUGAGUAUGGGAAUGAGAUGACUGGGGUUCUCCUUCGCGAUCCCGAGAGGCUUCAUCGGCGUUUGGUCAGAUACUCCGUGCACGAGUAUUGUUACAAGGACGUUCAGCUGGCGGCUCGAAACACUCUUCGACCGCAGCAAGGCCUCGAAGGGUACUCUAGCUUUCAGAAAGCUCACGCACACAACAACUCCAUCAAAGUGGAGCUGCCACAGUACACCCCCGAGCAGAUGCUGAAAAAGGCUGAGGAGCUCAAGAAGAAGAGCACCGUGGCCGCAUCCGGCAGUGUGAAGCCGAGGGCGGAAAUGGAAAUAGACGAGCUUUUGGAGUCGCUGGCAUCGGCUGUGACAAUCAUCGAGGCAGAACUGCCAACGCCUGGCUUGGCUCUGCCGGUGUCUGGAGUCGGACUGUCCCCCGCGGAGGCAGAGGAAACUCCAAGAGGAAAAGGCGGCAAGAAAAAGAGGAAGGACCAGGACAACAAGGUCAGGGACAAGGAGCCGAAGGAGAAGUGUGACAAGAGCAAGCCAUCCAAAAAACCGAGAAAGGAUGAUGACUCGAAGAGCGGGACAUCAAGGGUUCGGGGACAGGAUGCCAUGGACAAGCUGAUCGCGGAGCACAAAGCAAAUUUGUCUGUUUCGAAGGUGCUGAGCGGCACAGUCACGAAACAGCAGUUGUAUUUCAUCAGCAAGUUCAUGACAUCGCUGGAAAAGAAAGGCCUCACAGCAGACGCUGCAGAUUUGGAGCGGGACCACGCUGUUUGUACGGCCGCCCUCAUGUUGACUCCGGCAGAGCUGUCCCAAAUUCCGUUGGAACAGGACAGCGAGGGCAGCGAGGGCACCUUUGACGUGGUUCACCCCAUGCUGAAGGAUUGCAACCACACCUCCAUGGCUGACAAGGUGAAGAUCUUUGAGAAGGCAUUCUUGGGAAAGAUUCUCACACUCAUCCGGGAGGGCAAGGAGGGACAGGAGAAGCUUGCGCAGGCCUCCCAAUGUGGGGCCCGCUGCGUGGAUGUGCUCACCAAGUCCGCUUCUGGCAUGCCCGUUGCUGAUGGGUAUGCCAAUGCACAGGCUUCCGUGCGGCAGGCCCUGACUUCUCUGAUUGGCCUGGUUGCGAUCAGCUCCAAUGGGUUUUUCAGUGCGGCAGGCAACAGUGAUUCGGGCGCCCCGACUUCCGCAUCCUCCGGCCCACAGGUCUUGUCAAGCAACGCAGUGAAGAGUCUGUCCGAUGAGAAGAACACCACGUCUGUGCUGUACACGCCUCUUGUUUGCAGCUGGCUAGCUAGCUGCUAG